UGAGAGGCAUGCAAAUUCUCAAUUUAUCUUCUUUAUUAUUGCAGUUCUAGCGAUUCGUUGUGGUUGUUUUCUACCUCUGUUAUUCAGUGGCACUUGAACCGAAAGGAAAUAGAUGCGUGAAUAUGUCGAGUAAAAAUCAUAAAAAUGAAAAUUGUGAAAAAAUAUAUGCUGACAAGAAAGCAAGGCGACGCGAAUUAUACAAGAUGAUGCAAGGCGAUAAAAAGGAGGCUCUCCUAGUGCGAGUACGAGCGCGAGCAAGUAAGGACGAAACAAGUGGUCGGCAACUUCCUGCUUGCUCGCUAAUUAAUAGCUCUGUUAUCGCAUCAUCCUCUAUGAGUGCUAAUAUUUCAAGCGAGCAACAUCUUCCUUUUGUGGGAUAUUCAAUAUAUGAAGCAGAUGGCAGAAAGAUUCAACAUCAAUGCGAUUACUCCAGAAACGGAAGAAUGGACCUGCAAGAUACAAGUAGUUGAUAAAGGCAGACCUAGAGACAACAGAGAGAAAACGAAAAAAUAUCAGCUGAUGGUUUUGCAAGAUGAAGAGGAAAAUCAAGUGGAAUGUGUUAUAUUCAAUGUGGAGAUAAUGCAUUUUGCAGAUCUGUUUCGCCCUUUCCAUACUUACUUGGUGUCAGUUGCACAAGUCAAAGAAUCAAACUAUAUGUACGGAAAUCCACUUAACAAAUUUACAUGGACAAUUGAUAGGUGUACCAUUGUUGAGCCAAUAGAAACUGUUAAUCCUCCAGAAGAUCCACUACCUCCGCCAACGCGCCUAAAUCUUAAACCAUUUGGCAACUUUGAAUAUCAACCCGAAGGAUCUGAAUUCG